GUGAAGUGCGACCCCCGAAAAAAAGUCAACCUCGACGUCGACAACCCCUCCCACGACAAGUCCGAUACCACCCCCUUCGGAUUCUUUAAUACAUCCAAGAUGGCUGACGCUGCCCCCCGUGGACGUGGAGGAUUUGGCUCGCGCGGUGGUGACCGUGGCCGUGGCCGUGGUCGCCGUGGACGUCGUGGUGGCCCCAAGGAGGAGAAGGAGUGGCAGCCCGUGACCAAGCUGGGCCGUCUCGUCAAGGCCGGCAAGAUCACCAGCAUGGAGCAGAUCUACCUGCACUCUCUGCCCGUGAAGGAGUACCAGAUUGUGGACUUCUUCCUGCCCAAGCUGAAGGAUGAGGUCAUGAAGAUCAAGCCCGUCCAGAAGCAGACCCGUGCCGGUCAGCGUACCCGUUUCAAGGCCGUCGUUGUCAUCGGUGACUCCGAGGGUCACAUCGGUCUCGGUAUCAAGACCUCCAAGGAAGUCGCGACCGCCAUCCGUGCCGCCAUCACCAUUGCCAAGCUCGCCGUCCUGCCCGUCCGCCGAGGCUACUGGGGCUCCAACCUGGGUGAGCCUCACUCUCUGCCCGUCAAGCAGAGCGCCAAGUGUGGUUCCGUCACCGUCCGUCUGAUCCCCGCCCCCCGUGGUACUGGCCUCGUUGCCUCCCCCGCCGUCAAGCGUCUGCUUCAGCUCGCCGGUGUCCAGGACGCCUACACCCAGUCGUCCGGUUCCACCAAGACCCUCGAGAACACCCUCAAGGCCACCUUCGUCGCCGUCAUCAACUCCUACGGCUUCCUCACCCCCAACCUGUGGCAGGAGACCAAGCUCAUCCGGAGCCCCCUGGAGGAGUUCGGUGACGUCCUGCGUCAGGGCAAGAAGUACUAGGGUAGUGCAGCGCAGUGCAGUUACGGGAAUAAAUUUUCAUGAUUGUUUUUGAUCUACUGGUUUCUUUCCUAUCUGACGGAAUCACCUCGAUUAUGGCAAGAGAACCGAACAGGCUCGGGAGGAGUUGGUUCGAAUCACGCUCGACUACGCGACUUUACGGUGUCUAUGGAUGUAAUUACGGGUAGGGGAACAAAAAAAAAGCAAAAUUAGCGUGAAGACAAUCAAACAGCUCCUUCGCCAUUUACAUCUUGGAUGGGAUUAGAUUUUUGAUU